CAUUUAUUGACCCAGAAAAUCCUGCACCCACUCCUAGAUUCAAGUACAUGUUCUAUUGUCUGGCAGCAUCAAAGGAAGGGUUUCUGAAUGGUUGCAGACCAUUUAUAGGGCUUGAUGGGUGUUUCAUCAAAUUAACCACUGGACAACAAAUUCUUGCUGCCACAAGAAGGGAUGGCAACAACAACAUCUACCCCAUAGCUUUUGGUGUGGUUGACAAGGAAGAUGGAGAAAGUUGGACUUGGUUUUUAACUCAGCUGAGAUGCUGCAUUGGUAGUGGUAACAAAUUUGGAACAUACACAAUAAUAUCUGACAGGCAAAAGGGGUUACUUAAGGCAAUAAAUGAGAUGUUCCCUGAUUCACCUCAAAGAUUCUGUCUUAGGCACAUAUAUGCAAACUUUCAAGCAACUGGGUAUAGAAGCAAAGAACUAAAGCAGUGUGUUGACCAGACUAGCUACUCUUACACUAGGCAUGGGCAUGAAUUAGGGAUGGCAGCUCUGAAAGCACAGUCUGAGGAUGCUUGGAAAUGGCUUAAAAAUAUAGAGGUCUCUCCUUGGGCUAGGUAUGCUAUGGAUCAUACUUGCAAAAUAGAUCUAGUUGUGAACAGCCUUAGUGAAGUCUUCAACAAGAUGAUACUUGAUGUUAGAGCCAAACCAAUAAGGACAAUGUUUGAAGGGAUUAGAACCAAGCAGAUGAUAAAGAGGCAGCAGACUAGGGAGAAGUUGCAGACAUGCAGGUGGACAAUCACACCAAAUUACUCAGAGAUUUUAGAAGAGAACAAAAAGUAUGCCAAGCACUGCCAGGCUGACAGAGCUGGUGAGACAGUUUGGCAAGUAACAAGCAAAGAAAACCAAUAUUGUGUGGACAUGGAAACAUGUACAUGUGACUGCAAGAGAUGGGACAUGACAGGUUGUCCUUGCAGUCAUGUCAUAUCUGCAUUGACAAAGCAAAAGCUCCAUCCUGAAGACUAUGUUAAUGAAUUCUUCAAGAAGCCACUGUACCUGGAGGCAUACAAAGCAAUAAUUUUCCCUGUCCCUGGUCCAGACUGCUGGCCUGAUACAAACACUCUAGAUAUCCAGCCUCCUGUGUUCAAAGAAAAGGCAGGGAAAAAGCAGACAACAAGGAGGAAGGGUGAGUUUGAGGUUCCAGCUCCUAGAGACACUAGUAGGAUGGGUACUAUCACCUAUGGAAAUUGUGGUUUGGAGGGACAUAGGUAUACAAAUUGCAACAAGACUCUAAGGCCUAGGCUUCAGAUGAGGAAGACAGGACAUCAGGAAAACAGGGCAGUUUAUGAAGACUUAGCUGGUUCAUCUAGAACAGUUCCUCUUGCAACUGCAAGAACCACAACAGUACCUGCUGCAACUCCAUCUGCAUCUGCACCAGCCCCUUCUGCAUCUGGCCCAGGCCCUUCUGCAUCUGCACCAGGCCCUGCACCAAGAGCUAAAAGAGGUAGGCCUACAGGUAGAGGGAGGACUCAUGGAUUCACUGUUCCAAGAGCUGCAACCACUUCAGAUAAUCAAGUUGGGACCAAGAGGAAGAGAAUGACAAGCUCCAAAUUGAAAGGUUAUUUCUAUUGCAGUGGUAACUACUGAAGUGACAUGUAAGCUGAGAUGAAACCUGUUCUGUGGUCAAGUUGUCUGAACCUAUUCUGUGGUCUGAAACCUGUUUGGUACUUUCUUUAUUUGUUUGAACCUAUUAUGUGGUCUGAACCCUAUUUGGCACUUUCUGAAUUUGUCUGAACCUGUUAUGUGCUCUGAAACAUGUUUGGCUA